CGGAAAACGGUAUCAGUUUUGAUACUCACAACUUAACUCCCACUGCGAAAUGAAGCUGCUCUUUAUCUUGGUCUCGGCAAUUGUUGCACUCUAUUGCAUUGAUGCCAGUCCAUGUGUGGACGAUCGUCGAAUUCGUUAUGACAACGAUUUCUGCGACAAUGAUCGAGUUUAUGGUGGAUGCAUUCAACAGAGGUACAGUGAUUGCGGCGACAGACAUCACCAUCACGACAGACGCCAUGACUGCACCCAUAAUCACCAAUACCGAGACCAUUGUGGUAGCUAUAAGAAUAUACUAAAUAAUGUCGGCAGCCAUCACUCACACUUUGGCGGACAAGCUCAAUCUCUAGCUGGAGCUUUGGGUAGGAUUUCAUCCUUGGAUGGAAGCGCCGUCGAUAUUCUUGCUAGCAUUGAUUUUGAGAUCAUAUUGAAUGUUAUUACUUCGGUUGUGAGUGCAACAAGUGGUGUAAUCGGCACAGCCACUGAUAUCGUCUUUGAAGCUGUUGAAGUUGUAUUUGCUUCGAUUCGUUGCUUGACCGAACUUAUUGAAUCAGUUGUUGAAGUGGCCUACGAAUUAAUCGUAGAGGCUAUCCGGGCUAUUGCCUGUGCCAUCUCAGCUCUGGUCGAUACCAUUGCCCUUGUUGCUAAUGUUGUAGUCGAUAUUGUCACUGAGGUGAUUGCUGAAGCUAUUGCCAUUCUAUACUUUGCACUGGAAACUGUUUUGUGCGUCGUGGAAACCGUCGUUUUGCUUGUUGUUGACAUUCUUGAAAUCGUAUUCGAAAUCGUAAGCGAAGUGCUCGAAGUUGUUCUCGAAGCAGUUAGUACUGCAAUCGAAACAGAAUUCGUAGUUGUCAGCCAAAUCGCUUGUCUAUUCGAGGUGGAUGUUGACGCUGCUGUUAGCUUAAUCGACGUCGUUGUCGACAUAACCGUCAGCUUAACUUCGGUCGUCUUCGAAUUGACCAGCUCGUUGAGCUGUGUGAUCGAUAUCGUUGUUGGAGUUGUAGGCAGCGUAUGCGGCUUACUUGACAUCGUUUCUGAAAUCAAAUGCAGCAUUACCGGAGUUAUUGGCUCAGUUACCGGUAUCGUUGGUGGAAUUGCUGGAGGACUUGGUGGAAUUGCUGGAGGACUUGGUGGAAUUACUGGAGGACUUAGUGGAAUUGGUGGAUAACUUAGUGGAUGAUUUGGAAAUAGGAAAACUUCCACUUACUAUUAAGUUGAUCGUAGCGUACAAACCAGCCAUGGUGCCCGCAGAGGAUUACCCUGCUAAGGUUUUCGCCUUUGUUUGAUUUGUUCUUCGUUAAUCGUGCUCGCACCGAUGUAUGUACAAGCAAUAAAUUGAACAAUUCAAAGUUAA